AUGCCCAGAGGAGAGACUCCCCAGAUAUCUUGGCCUUAUCAUCGAAGGAACAGGGAGAGGCAGCAGCGUUUGAAAAAGGCCAUCCCUGAGGCUUGGAGGGUCGAGGCUGAUGCAUCCAUCACCAACCCGCACAUUUACCUCGAGGCUGACAAGGUUGGCCAGAUUCUUUCAAACGAGGAGCUGGCCAUCACAAAAUACGAUGCUGUCGAGAUCCUGUCACAGAUUCACUCGGGCAGAGUGACCAGCGAGUUUGUCACCACGGCAUUUUGCAAACGUGCGGCUGUGGCGUACGCUGUUACGAACCCCUUAUGUGAGAUUUUCUUUGAUGAAGGCAUCGCUAGGGCCAAGGAACUUGACAAGUACUUCGAAGAGACUGGCAAAGUGGUUGGACCCUUGCAUGGUCUGCCGAUUUACGUCAAGGACCACAUUGAUGUUCAAGGCAAAGAUACCAACAUGGGUCUGACCGCUUGGUACGGCAAUGUUGCAGAGCAGCAUGCUGCUAGCGCCCAAAUCCUUUAUGAUGCAGGAGCUGUUCUUUACUGCAAAACGUCAAUGCCUCAAGCUGGAAUGGCGAAUGAGACUGUAUCUCCCAUUCACGGCACAACUAAAUGUGCUUACAGCACCUUGCUGACCAGUGGCGGAAGCUCUGGCGGCGAGGGUUCCCUGAUUGGCAUGUUCGGAAGUCCUAUGGGAGUAGGAACGGACAUUGCCGGCAGUAUUCGUUCACCGGAUUCAUACAACGGAAUCUAUGGAUUCAAGCCCUCCGGAAGACGGCUGCCUCUUUUCGGAGAGUGGACAACAGAUUCAGGCAAUGUUGGUAUCUUGGUACCCCUUGGACCAAUCGCCCGCAGCCUCAGGGACUGUGAGCUCUUCAUGCGUGUCAUGCUCAACGCAGAGCCAUGGGACGUUGAUCCCGCUGUUCUGCGCAUGCCUUGGAGGUUCAACUUACGGAAACACUGCACGCGCGCACGUCGCGGACAGCGCGCUUACAGCGGUCGCACACAGAUCGUGCCCACUAACAGCGCAGCGUUCGAUCGACAGCGCUACCCCAUUCGACCGACUUAUACCCUUGGACGCAAUUGUUCGGGCACCAACACUCCAAGCUUCAAAAGCCCCACGCCCCCAAAUAUUGCGCUUAUACCAGACAACACUGGCCCCAUGUUCAGGUUUCAGGACCUUCUCGAUACAACCGCUCCUCACGCUUUUACUCUAGGGGCGGUCCUGGUUGUCGCUCUACUGGCGACUCUCGCAAGAUCUUGGCUCGCCCAGCCUUCCAAAAGAGCCACAGGAGAGAUUGCAACUCCUGCAAAGCCCUUUGUCAGACCAACAGCUGCGCCAACAGACUACACUGCUGAUUCUUUGCCUGAUCCAAUCCUAUACCGUCCCUUUCGCCAUGGCCCCAAUUUCAUCACAAUGGGCAUCAGAAGGCUCGACUGGGACCGCUGGAUCGAGAUGGACAAGUACUACCCGCACUAUCACGACAUCAAAGCAGCUGAGCUCAAGAAGGAUUUCGAGGGCCAUGUCAAGUUCGUCGAUACGCCCGAGUUGCGUCUUGCAUGCUUUGAAGUGUACGAUGAGGUCACGGGAUAUCUAACCGAAAGGUAUCCCAACAUCUUCUCAAUUGCAGACGGUUUCCUUCGUAACGCUGUGACUGGCGAGAAGUUUGCGCACCCCCCGAGUAUGUCCUUGGCUCUCUUUGCCCCUCUCCUCCAAGUUUCUUUCUUUUCUAGACAACAGGUUGCUAACAAAAUCCCGGUAGCUGAUCCCCAUACGGCAAUGGCAAAUGCUGCUCUAUGCGUUCAGGAAGAUCUCAUCAUCAUGGCAAAAGAAGACGACGGACAAUAUCAUCUGGAUGGCGCUGCUGUCUGUCUGCCUGGCUUUUGGCGGUUGCGGGAGAAGUAUCGCAUGUCCUUGGAUACGCUACAUAUCGAGGCAGGCGUACCGCAUUACCAGGAGAAGCUGCAGAAGUCUAUGAAUCGCUACUUUGAUAAAAUGGGCCCGGAAAACACCAUUACACGAAACAACAUGACGGCCUUCACUGGUCUCAUAGAAUGGGCCCUCAGAACGGAAGCGACCCAGCCUCUUCGACAAGCCUGGGUCAAGGCCGAUGAUAACGGCAUCACGAUCGAGGACCUACACUUCCGAUCUGAGCGCCAGACUCUGCGACGUCUUCCCAAAUCAGGUGUCCUACUCUUCACUGUCCGCACUUACUUUGAGCCCAUCUGCAAGAUCGCCCAGGAGCCACACGUCCCAGGCAGAUUAGCUGAGGCAAUCCGAAGCUGGGAUGACUCAGUAUCACACUACAAGGGUAAAUCUCACUGGGACAAGAUCUUGCUGCCUUAUCUUGAUGAGCAGCACAAGAAACAGGAAUCCAGCGGUCUUCUGACCGAGGUUCCUGAGGGAGAGUUCCCACUCUAG